AUGAAGCAAGUUGUUGUUUUGGGAUGUGGUGCCUGGAGCACAGCUAUUGCUAAAGUUAUAGCCGAUAAUGUCGCGUCUUCAAAUGAGUUUUGUAGUAAGAUCGCUAUGUAUGUACGUGAUGAAACUCACAAUGACCGAAAUUUGGUUGAUUAUAUCAAUAACGAUCAUAUAAACCCAGUAUAUUUGCCAUGCAUCACUAUUCCUACUAAUGUCGUAGCAAACAGUAAUAUCAAAGAAGUUGUUUCAGAUGCUGAUAUCAUAGUAGUUGCUUAUCCAUCUCGAUAUGUACAGUGGCUAAUAAAACAAAUGAAUGGGCAUGUCAAAGAAAAUGCCUACUUCGUCUCUUUCUGUAAAGGUCUUGUUUUGUAUUCAGAAGAAAAUCGAGUCAAACUAGUGAGUGAUAUGAUUCGUGAGCAAACUGGUAAAAGUUGUGUUGUUGUCAGUGGAGCUACAACAGCUAUAGAAAUAGCUGAACAACAGUUCACCGAAGUAACUAUUGGUGCUAAAAAUUACGAUCAUGGAAGUGAAGUAAAACGAUUACUUCAGACAGAUUACUUAAGAAUGGUGAUUACACAGGAUGAUGUUGGAGUUGAGUUAUGUGGCGGUAUCAAACAUGUUGUAGCAAUCGCUGCAGGUAUAUGUGAUGGUCUAAAGCUAGGAGAUAACACCAAAUCUGCUGUACUUCGUAUUGGGUUCUGGGAAAUGUCUGAACUGAUGAAAGAGCUAUUCCCCGAUAGAGGAACUGAUUGGCUAACAAUAGAACAAAGUUGUGGAAUGGCUGAAUUAUUUAUAUGUAUGUCUCAUCGAAGCGAUGAAGUUCCGGAUAUUGGAUCAGAUUUAGAUUUAAUAAAUAUCACUGUUGGUCGUAGAUUAUCUCGCCCAGGAAGUUCUUUCAGUUUACAACAAUUAACCAAAGACUCAAACAGAGUAUAUACUGAUGGAGUUGAUUAUGCGAAACAGAUAUAUAAAAUAUUGACUGCAAGACAUCGUACUGCCCAUUUUCCUCUAUUUAUUGGAGUUCAUCGAAUUUGUCAAAAUGAAUUAAAACCACAAGAUUUACUUAGCUGUUUAUCAUCACAUCCGAUUCAUUCAUAA